GUAAGGAUAUCAUUAUCCUAUUAAGAUAUCAUAAACAAUGGCCAGACGUACUACUGCUUUCUUCACUGCUCUUAUCUUUCUGGUUUCGGUACUGAAACCCAGCCUGGUGGUCAAGGCCAUUACUGCUAAAAAUCCCGAUUGCGAACCAAUCGUCGCCAGUGAUACUGACCGGAUUCAGUUUGCUCUCAAUCUUGAGUUCCUCGAAGCAGAGUUUUUCUUGCGUGGUGCAAUUGGUAUUGGACUUGACGGCAUCGCUCCAUCUCUGGCUAACGGUGGUCCUCCUCCGAUCGGUGCUAGGAAGGCCAAUCUCGACCCUCUAGUCGCUAGAAUAAUCGAGGAGUUCGGUUAUCAAGAAGUUGGUCAUCUCAGGGCUAUAAUUACUAGAACAGGAGGGAUUCCAAGGCCGCAGCUGGAUCUCGGCGUUCAGAAUUUUGCAAAAGUAUUUGAUGAUGCAGUCGGUUUCAAAUUGAUCCCUGCAUUUGACCCUUACGCUGACACAAACCGCUAUCUCUUAGCAUCAUAUGUGAUCCCCUAUGUAGGAUUAGUGGGUUAUGUUGGCACCAUUCCAAAUCUUAACAGAGGAACUUCUCGAAGUUUGGUUGCUUCGCUUCUGGGCGUGGAGGCAGGACAGGAUGCGGUCAUAAGAACACUACUGUACGAGAGAGCCAACCAAACUGUGCGGCCAUACAACCUUACGGUGGCCGAAUUCACAAACCGUAUCUCAGAGCUUAGGAACAAGCUGGCCGCGUGUGGCAUCAAAGACGAAGGCAUCCUGGUUCCUCUAUCUCUUGGAGCAGAGAAUCGUACGAACAGUAACAUCCUGUCUGCUGAUCCUAAUUCUCUUUCGUAUGCUCGGACGCCACCGGAGAUAUUAAGGAUAGUGUACGGAAGUGGCAGUGAGUAUAAACCUGGUGGGUUUUUCCCUAAUGGUGGAGGUGGGGACAUUGCAAAGAGGUUGGUAGCCAUCCCAAUCUGUAAUUUCGAAACAGUACCCCAAAUGUCAAAGGCUCAUGAACUUUAAGUGGACAAUGAGAGUGCAAUUGGACGUCGAGUGCUUUUGAGGCUAAAAGGUGUUCAUUGAGCCUUUGAGAAUUGUCAUUUGUCGAGCCAUUUCAGCCAGGGGUGAGCCGAAACUCAACAUAGUCUACUGGUUAUUGAAGGUUACAGGAAAACAAAACUGUGUUGCCAUUUUCAAGCUUUACAAUUUAUCAUGCAAUCCCGUCUUGAAGCUGGAGGCAUGAGGAGCACUAUUAAUUAUCAAGAUUAUUUUGUGGAAUGAGAUUGAUUUUUAUUACAAUCCUCAUAACUCAUACACAUGCAAGUGAUCGAGCGGGACCCAGUUCUAGAGGUGGAGGAAGAAUCUGGGGUAUUCGUGUAAGGCGCCAUGUACCGUACUCGGCCCGCCACAAUCGACCACGGGGAGCGAAAAUCUCCUCAUAUCAUAGCCUUGAGGAGUGUAAUAAAGAGUCCUUGGAUGAUUCCACACAGCCCCCAAGCCCCCCACCAUCCACCAACCCAAUUCCCACACCAGCGCCUAUUCGAGAACCCUCACCGGUGCGGUAACAAUCACCUACUAGAGAAAAUGCAAGAUUGGAAGACUCUAGUAUACCCCAAACUGUUGCAGACGCCCCCACGGAGCCCGUAUUAACAUAGCAACAGAAGAAACGAACACGUGGGCCUGCUCGAUGCAUUGAGUUUGAGAAGGUGAGAAAGAACAGAAAAUUACUUUUAAAGAUAAACGAUGGUGAGACUGCCCCUUGUUGUGAUCAUGCUUCUAUGUUCACAACACGAGUAUCAUGGAUUGUUAAAUAAUAUUGUGACAUGAGUUAUACGCAAUGGACUGAUGUCCCACAAGCCAUGAAAGAGGAACUAAUUGACAGUGUUCGUGCUAACUUCGUGUUAGACUGGGAACGGGAAAACCACCGAUUGAUGGUGACAAAGGUACUUCAUAAGCACUUCAACUGCUUCCAUCAUGACUUGCAUAUGAUUUAUCAAUCUUGUGGAAGCCAUGAAGAAGCUUUAGCUAAUGGCACAAGCUUUGUGGACCCACUUGUAUGGGUCAAGUUGUGUGGCAGAAAAUGUCAUCUCAAAAGCGGGAGAACCAAAAAAAGCAAUCAAUUAAUCACACAUCAGGACGUAAAUCAUUCGUCUGAAUACUUGAGCAAAAGCGCACUGAGAAUGAAAAUUUGGUGGACUUCUAUAAGGAGAUACGCUGGUCGAAGAAGAGGAAUAAGUUUGUGACAGAUGCAACUGAAGAUACUUACAAGGAGAUGCAAGGUAGAUUGGAUGGCCUAGAACCAGAGGAACGAAGUGGUGAGGCAGCAGCGAUGGUCUUUAGGGAGGUCCUCGGACAUUGACCUAGAUAUGCACGAGGACUCGAGGAGAUGGUCAUCCCCGAGUCAAGUAGACAAUGUGACCAAGUUAAAAUGCAAUACUACCAAUCUGAGAUUGAAAGAUACAAGAAAGAUGUUGAACAACAUAAGAAAGAUGCCGAAGACAAUAAGAGUCAGCUGGAUGAAGUGAGAUCAGAGGUGCGGGCUCUUAGGGAGCAUGCCAUUCAAACUGACAGGCUGCUGCAAGCUUUCUUUAAGGAUCAUCCCACAUUCAUUGAGUCAUAUCGCUAGACUCAGUGUAAUGAUUCCCCCGACCCAUAAGGGGGGUUGAGGGUUUUUUGGCAUUUUGGGUGCUUUUUUGUUAGUCAAAAAGACAGCUGGGCAAUAUAUAUAUAUAUAUAUAUAUAUAUAUAUAUAUAUAUUAAGGAGUAUAUGUCAACACUAGGGAUAUAGAGAAGUUUAGGCCCAAUGACUGGAUCGUGAGAAGUUUUUUGAGCAAAUGGUUAACACUCCAAGAAUCAUUGAUAUUUAUUCAAUGGUUCUGGUUCCUCGUUUCAAUGGCAAUUUCGAAAGACUUCAAAACCAAGAGGUAAGUACUCUCUAAAUACAAAUCUUCAAUUGGCCGAGUUGGCCACAACCCUAGUUUUAAGGAUUUAAAUAUGAAUUUGCAUGCACACCAAUUAAUUUUAAGUUUAUUUGUUGGUCUAGCCCUUUCUUUAUAGAUAAGAAAUAUAAAUUUUAAGACAAAUAAAAUAGGUAAUUUGGAUUUCUUUAUAGCCCUGUUUUAUAUGCUAAAAAAAUUUAUAAGAAAUUUAUACUAAGACAAGUAAAUAGGCAUAGCCCAAUUACUUGUCUUAGGAUUUUUCUGUAGGGAAGCAAUUCAAAAGUUUUAGAGAAAUAUAAGAUUUUAGCGAUCUUUAUAACUUUUCCCGAGAUAUCCUAGCAUGAUGUUCCAGCUGACAGUCAGAAGGAUUGGAAGCAACCAAAACAGUUUAGGGAAUAUAGGCCACAAUUCUUUAUAUAGGUGAAUUUUUCUGGUGAUUGCAAAACAUCACCAUUAAAUUUUUUACCCCAAAUCUUUGGUCAGCCUAUGACAUGUUAUAAGUGAUAAUCUGUGUUACUUACUGAUAAGUAACAGCCAUAUCCGAGUAUUAUUAUAGUCCAGUGUACUUGAACGUAACUAGAUAUAUAUCUUGUCCAAUUUAAUAUAUAUCAACUUGGCUUUAUUAACGAUUUUUAUUGUUAAUUGUUUGUUCACUAUCUGCUGCUCACAGUUUAAACUGUUAAGACAUCAGAAUAUUCUCUAAAACUCUUUUAGAAAAGUAACUCCAAAAGAAACAAGCCACUGAGCUUUCCCUACAGAGUGAUACUUUACAUAAAGAAGCCUUAGUGCAGUGUUUCUAUCUUUCAAGUAGCUGGAAAAAACAACGACUGGCAUUAAAGAUUGAAGUUCUAUUAUUUACAAAGCCAAAUUCUAUUAAUGUGUGAUUUUACUAUCUCAAGUAUAAUCUUAGAUUCUACAACAAAAUAUACCAGAAUCUUGUCGCUUUGUUAUCAAUUCUUGGAGAUGGAAUCUUAACGGAAGUGCAGCAAGUGUAAUUUGUGGAGUAGGAACCAGAAAAGAGAAGCUUUUGUUGUCUGCAAAGCUUUUGCGUACCAUGAUUGAUGACAAUCAAGAUUUGUAGAAGUAGAUUGGGUGCACGAAAGGAUUCUUUCAGCUCUUUGACCGCUGCCAUUUUCUCGCUGGGCGACACAUCAACAACUAUGACCACAAGAGACUUCUUCAAGCUUUUCCUCCAUUCCAUGAUUGUGUGUUUCAGAUUACUUGCUGUUCUUGUCGUUGGUCUUGCUGUUAAUACAGAAACUGCAUGUGGAAGAGAAUCAAAUCUUGCAUCUGUCUUUGAUAAAGAUGGCAAUGUAAAUGCCCAGAAAUUAUUGUAAUCUGCACUUGCCACUUUUUCUCAAAAUGUGAGCUUGUGGCAAGGUUACCAUUCACUGUAGACUAAGGUAAACUUUUCUCUGCUGUACAAUCUUUGAAGGUUGGGGAGUGCAGAAAUAUAGGCAAACAGCUUCACAAAUAUAGGCAACACUAGCAUAGUGUAAGUCUCAUAUUUCAAAUCAACCAUCCAAAUUUUAGGUAACUAUACAAUAUCAAAGCCCCCUAAUGACAUUUUGAGUGAGGCUUUUGUUGUGGUGUGAACUAUUGAAAGUAAGAGUUAUGAGGUUUCUGAGGUACUUCCAUCCCAAAUAGGUUAAUUGAGAGUUUCUAGUUAAUUUAUCGAUAUAUGGAUAUAUUGUACAGUCACAUUCCAACUUAUCGAUAUUUAAAUGAUUUGUACUAUUUUUUUUCUUCAAGAAAGAACUAUUUAUGUCA